UGUAUUUUUUUUUUUCCUUCGUUAGUCUAUCAGCUGGUCAGAUAAGGCUGCAUGUUUCCUGCAUAUACACUCCGUAAGCUCAACAGUUUGUUUCCCCCCCAAUCUCCGGUAUUGGUCGUUGGCAGCCAGGCAUCGCUGGAAACUUUCCGGCCCACCUUAAACGUUGCAAUUCAUUGCUUCUGGCGACAAAAUACAAAAAAGUUUGGCGUCGUCAGGCCACCUUCAUUGAGCGAGCCACGCGUUUUUACCCGAUCGCACGCACGGAAUCCGGGACCUCUGUUGACACCACCGCCGUCGACGGCGCCACAAGUUUGUUUGGUUUUGAUGCUGCAUCUUUGCAACCAAACCACCGUACCGGUCGCAUCGACAGGUUUCCCGCCUCGGUCGUGGGGAUGAGGAGGCUUCCUCGCUACCCCUCGUCGCUCUGCUCUUCGCUACCAAUCUACACGCCGCGCCGGGCCAACCCCGCCGCCGCCGCCACCCACCUGCCGCGGUACCCAUUGGGCCCGCAGUCGGCGACAUGCCUCUGGUUCUCGGCCUGCGAUGAGCGCCGCUCGUCGUCCAAUGCCUCACCCCCCGAGACGCGACGACGACGCGGCCAGACCCUCCCGUUCCGCUUCGAGACUGGCAUCGCCCUCUUUGCAAAACGCACCCCGCGCCCGUUCCCCCCGCCGUUCCUCUCCCCGCCGUCGGGCUCCUUCAGCGACCCUCUGAGCACCCACCACCGGAGCCGCGACCGGCGCAGCGCCUACGUCAACGGCGAGCUGAUCCGCGGUCGCACCAACGGCGACGACGCAGUGCUGGCCAGCGACAGCUUCAUCUGUGCCAACGACGGCGUCGGCGCCUGGUCCGCGCGGCCGCGCGGCCACUCGGGCCUCUGGGCGAGGCUGAUACUGCACUUUUGGGCGCAGGCGGUGGACGGGGUCGGUAGCAGCGAGUCGUCGUCGACGGGCGGCGACAGAGCCGGCGGCCGCCCGGACCCCGUCGCGGACCUGCAGAGGGCGUUUGAGCAGACGCAGGAGGCGACGAGCCCGCCAAACGACUGGCAGGGCACGACGACGGUCGCGGGGGCGCAAAUCUUCUACCGUGAACCCAACGGUGGAAGCAACGGUGCGGAAGACGGCUCUCCUUCACCCGUCCCGGUACUGUACGUGACCAAUCUGGGCGACUCACAGAUCAUGGUGAUCCGGCCCAGCACGCGCGAGAUUGUGUUCAAGACGACGGAGCAGUGGCACUGGUUCGACUGCCCGCGGCAGCUGGGCACAAACAGCCCCGACACGCCCGCCAAGAACGCGGUUCUCGACGUCGUGGAUAUACAGGAGGGGGACGUCGUCAUCGCCAUGUCGGACGGCGUCAUCGACAACCUCUGGCCGCAUGAGAUUGUGGAGUGCGUGUGCGACUCGGUGAGAAAGUGGGAGUCGGGGACCGUCCCGGCCGACUACAGCGCCCGCGACGACGAUGGCGCGGAUCUGCAAGAAUUCGACGCGGAUGGCGACAGGACCGGUGGUGCUAACGGGGGCAUGCAGCUGGUCGCCGAUGAGCUAAUGGAGGCGGCUAGGAUCAUUGCGGUGGAUCCCUUUGCGGAGAGUCCUUAUAUGGAACAUGCGAUAGAAGAAGGGUUGCCAAGCGAAGGAGGUAAAUUGGACGACAUCAGCGUAGUUGCGGCUCUUUGCCGCAGGACCAUCAAGUAGGAAAUAGAAUGUGACUUUCUCGCUGGCCCUUUGGGUCAUGUGCAGGAAGAGAGAAUUGAGGGUUAACAUUUGGAUCAUGGAGCAUUGUCACGAUAUAAACGGCAUGGCAGGGGCGUUGAUUGUUUUACUUCAUUUCUUUUCGGCCCAUUUCGGCCAGUCAAAUACACAGGCUAUUAUUGCAAUAGCUAUGUUUAAGAGGGCCGUUUGGUUUUCACUGUUGAUAGACGAUUUAUGAGAGUAAAUGUGCAUAAUUCUUACCG